GAAUUUUUUGCGCUCUUCCGAAACAAACCGCUUUUUUCGUAAGCGCGCUGCCACCUCUAGUAUCGGAACGAGUCUCAGUUGCCCGGCCACUUUGCAAAUUGCUUUAUUUUUUAAAGGUUUCGGUUUAGCGAUAGAAUAAAGUGCAAGAUGUAUUUUUCUGAAUGCAUAAAAAGUUUUGAAAUUUAUAUCUAAAAAUAAAUAAAUAAAUAAAACUUCUGCUUCCGGACCACAGCUUUGCGCACUUUCGAAUAUUUUGCACAAUAGCGGAAUUCCGAUGCGGUCCAGGUUCAGAUACGGAAUACUUCACAUUCGUGAUUUGGCGUACUGUGCGGAACAGCUUUGGUACUUCCUGGUGUCGGUUUGAUUUGUUGUGUGUUUUUCCUCUGUGAUUUAACUAUAUUUACGAAACCGUAUGCGGUGUUUUCUUGUCUGCUAAUGUGGCUAAGCUAGGUAGCUGGUUGUCUUUUAGCUAAUUUUCUGCUCGUUCUCGAUGAAAUACCUUGGUUUUGCUCGCUGGUGCGAUGGCCAGUCUGCUUUCAAUGCAACGGGUCGCCUCUCUGAAGAAAUCUGGGAGUUUAAUUCGUUUAAGAACGGUGACUUUGGGUUUUGAUAAACGAUAUUACAGCACCAAAGAGGGUUCUUCUUCAGAGUAUUUACACCAAAGUAUUGUUCCGACCAUGCAUUACCAGAAGAGUUUACCCAGGCUACCCAUACCAAAACUGGAGAAUACAAUCAGGAGAUAUUUGGCUGCUCAGAGGCCUCUUUUGGAUGAUGAUCAGUUCAGAACAACAGAGAAGCUUGCAGCAGACUUCCAGAGUGGUGCGGGGAAACAGCUGCAGGAGGAGCUGGUAGCACAAGAUAAAAAUAAUAAGCACACAAGCUACAUCUCAGGACCUUGGUUUGACAUGUACCUUUCUGCACGUGACUCGGUGGUGCUGAACUUCAACCCCUUCAUGUCCUUCAAGCCUGAUCCAAAGCCAGAGUACAAUGACCAACUCAUACGGGCAACCAAUAUGGUGUGUUCAGCAGUACGCUUUAUGAAAACACUGCGAGCUGGACUACUGGCACCAGAGGUUUUCCAUCUCAACCCUACAAAGAGUGACACAGACGCAUUCAGGCGAUUCAUUCGCUGGGUCCCCUCGUCGCUGUCUUGGUUUGGAGCCUACAUGGUAAAUGCAUAUCCCCUGGACAUGUCUCAGUACUUUCGCCUCUUCAACUCCACUCGCAUCCCCAAACCUGGGAAAGAUGAGCUUUUCACAGAUGAGAAUGGACGGCAUCUCCUCGUCAUGAGAAAGGGAAACAUAUACGUGUUUGACAUUGUGAACCAGGAUGGGAAUCUGGUAAAGCCUGCAGAGAUCCAGUCCCACUUGAAAUACAUUUUAUCUGACCCAACACCAGCGCCCACCUUUCCUCUCGGGGUCCUGACCAGUGAAAACAGGGAUGUGUGGGCCGGCUUGAGGGAGAAGCUGAUAGCUGCUGGGAACGGAGAGGAUUUACGAACUGUGGAUAGCGCCCUGUUUUGUGUGUGCCUCGAUGAUGAGAGCAUGCAGGACCAUAUUCAUGUCUCCCACAACAUGCUGCACGGCGAUGGCUGCAACCGCUGGUACGACAAGUCCUUCAGCAUUAUACUAGCCAAAACUGGACAUGCAGCUAUUAAUUUUGAGCACUCUUGGGGCGACGGUGUCGCAGUGCUCCGCUUUCAGAAUGAGGUCUUCAAAGACGCCACAGAGCAGCCGCUGGUAAGCCCGGGAUCUGACACCACUGCCGAUUCAGCCUCUGCUGUGCGCAGACUCCAGUUCAAGCUGACCAGCGAGCUGGAGGCGGGCAUAAAAACAGCCAAAGAGCACUUUGAUUCAGCUGUAGCAAAACUCACCAUUGAUGCACUGGAGUUCAAGAAGGGGGGCAAGGAACAGUUAAAGAAGAACAACUUGAGUCCUGAUGCUAUAGUCCAGCUAGCUUUUCAGAUGGGCUUCCUGAGGCAGUAUGGACAAACAGUAGCCACGUAUGAGUCCUGCAGCACUGCGGCAUUCAAACAUGGCCGCACAGAGACCAUCCGGCCAGCCACCGUGCACACCAAACUCUGCUCACAGGCUUUUGUUUACCAGCGAGGCCAGCACAACUUGGAGCAGCUUCGAGCCAUGCUCAACGAAUGUUCUAAAUACCACGGGCAGCUCACCAAAGAAGCAGCUAUGGGCCAAGGCUUUGACCGCCAUCUGUUUGCCCUGCGGUACCUGGCUCAUUCUGCUGGCCAGACCCUGCACAGCUUUUACACAGACCCAGCAUACUCUGCCAUCAACCACAAUAUCCUCUCUACCAGCACCCUCUCAAGUCCAGCUGUCAACCUCGGUGGUUUUGCCCCGGUGGUACCAGACGGGUUUGGCAUUGGCUACGGUGUUCAUGACGACUGGAUUGGCUGCAACGUGUCGAGCUACCCAGCUCGAAAUGUCCACGAGUUCCUGCAGUGUGUACAUAAGUCUUUAGAGGACAUUUUCUCUGUGUUGGAAGGACAGCCACUCAGCUAAAUAAAGAAUACUUGAAGGAUGCAGUUUAAUUAUGUGGUGACUAUAAUUAGUGUUUUACAAAAUAGGAACAGAUCUGUGUUUUCUUAUUUAUCUAUUCUGUAUUAUAAAAUUAUGAUUUAUUCACAUCACAGAUAAAGAUUUUUGGAGGCGGUCUAAAUACUGCAGGGGCAAGAGCAGCUCACCAUCCUGUAAGAUCCUGAAAGCGUGUGGCAUGAAUGUCAAAAAUCAGAUGUACUGUAAUUACUGUCGUGUGAGUCAGUGUACACAAAGUGUCAUUCGUAUUGAUCCAUAACUGAUUUUGUCUACAACUCUUAACUGGAAAAGGAUCUUUUUACAAGCCAUUUUUGCACUGUUACAGACUCUCAGCUUUAUUGGUGCACUACAACUUAAGUACAAAAUUGAAAAUACGGUGUGAUUCUACAGUAAAUCUGUGUAGGCACUUCUCAAAAACUGCAAGACUAAUGACGGAAGUCACCAAGAAACCUAACUGGAAUUAUAGGUGUCUGUCUGGAGAAACUGCAUAAUCCAAAGUCCCUUUACUCUCAGUCUGACUCAAGAAAAUUGGUUGAAAGUGUUAAUUUACUGUAAAGUCUUCAUAGGCACCAAUUACAGUAUCCGGUAUACAAUUUUUAUUCCUGGUAUGAAAUAUUGGGGGGAUACAGCAAUCAGCAUGUCCGUGAUAUCUCAAGAACCAGUUGACCAAUUUCAUUCAUAUUUAGCAUAAGGGUGUACUUGGUUGACCCCCCACACACACACACACACACACACACGUCACUAUGGUGAGCUUGGGGUCAAUUUCAAGGCUAACCCUGGUUAGCGCAAUAUCUCAAGAAACAGUUGAUCAGUUUUCAUUCAUAUUUGGCAUAUUUUUUAACAUAAUUUAAAUUCUAUACUUAAACCUGGGGCGCCAAUUUUUCUGACCACUAUAGCUGUGUCUUAAUGUGAAGUGCCAGUUGAAGGUUUUUGGGUAAACUCUAACUGCUGAGAUAUUCUUUUUUUUUUCUAAGUUACUAUUCUCUGUGACUCAUAAUAGAAGCAAAGGCAGUGCUUUAUCAAGUUGUGAAUUUUGCUUAUGUUGACAAAGAAUCGAUUUGACCAACUUGUUAAAUCAUUAGGUGGCAUUUCUGUUGGUUGUAAAUGAAUGCAUUCUGAAAUAAAGUCACCUUGGAUCACAUUUAUUCUUCCCUCAAUUAUACAGCACGAACAAUCACAGGCAACAUUCCCACAUAACUAAUCAAAUAGACUUCUUACCUUUGAGCUUUUAUUUAAAAUAAACAGUUUUGUCAAAAGCAAAUGUACAAAUGUGGUAACAAACUGGUUAAAG